CUUUUGGGAAUGCAGUAUAUAUACCAACUUAUAACGCCAGGAACGAGGCUGCUUCCCAAAUCGGUUGGUCCCUUCUGUUUUCCUCAUCAGCCAAAAGGGUUUUGAACCCAAACAAACACCAAGAUGUCAGGGAAAAAGGUGUCAUCAAGUCGUAAGCAUCAGCUGAAGAGUUUGAUGCUAUCCAUCGCUAAAGGUAUACUGGAGGAGGAAGAAAGAGAGCGAGAGGAGGCAAAGAGGAGGUACAUAGCUGAGACCUGUCCUCCUGUGUCCAUGCCCAGGACCAUGCAGGAGCUGCAGGAUCUGUGCAAGGAGAUCCACCGCAAGAUCGACGGGAUCGAUGAAGAGCGAUACGACCUGGAGAUGAAAGUCAACAAAGCCAACAAAGAGAUCGAUGACCUGAAGAUUAAAGUCCAGGACCUGAUGGGCAAGUUUAAGAAGCCCGUGCUGAAGAAAGUACGCAUGUCUGCAGACGCCAUGCUGAAAGCUCUGCUGGGCUCCAAACACACAGUUAACCUGGACCUGAGGGCCAACCUGAAACAGGUCAAGAAGGAGGUGAAGGACGAGGACAAAGAGCUCCGUGAUGUCGGCGACUGGCGCAAAAACAUUGAAGACAAAUCCGGCAUGGACGGGAGGAAGAAGAUGUUUGAGGCUGAGGCCUAAAAAGAGCUUAAGAGUAUUUUUAGUUUCUGUUUGUCACUGACUGGCUUAAUCUGACGAUUAGAAAGCACACAAACAUUUUUGAUCCUGUAAAAAUUUUUACUGAAUAAACAAACAAUUCCUGCUGAAGAAGAUGUGCUGUCUUU